CAUUCCUGCCUAUCGCAUUGAACCCCCCCAUCUAACACCCUAAAAAAAGACAGAGCCAUCAGCGGCAUGGCGGCCCUCCUCUUUCUCCCUGUCGGGUCCUCUGGCAGAUGGAACCAGCAGAUGAACAACGAGUUGCCAGUCACCCACAGCAUAAGAAACAGAGAACAGCCUAAGAAAAGUUUUAUCAAGUAUAGGGAGAAGUAAACAUACAAGGAUAGGAGAUAAAGUUAGAAAUUUAAGCAUUUGGAGAGUCCUAUAACCUGAACUGAACAAUGAGUUCCUUUGGGUACAGCAGAGAGCUGAAGAAGUACGAGGAGGUAGAAGAAGAUGAGCUGCUUGCCACUCUAUCCUCUGAGGAGCUCCAGGAGCUGGAGAGGGAGUUGGCAGACCUCGACCCAGACGAUAACGUGCCCAUCGGCCUGAGGCAGAAAGACCAGACCACCAAAACCCCAACGGGCACUUUUGACAGAGACGCUCUGUUGAAAUACUGGGAGGAUGACAACAAGACACUGCUGGAGGAUGACAAGGAGGAGUCCAACGCUGGACAGAAGGGCUGGCCAGAUAAGAGUAGAGGCGAGCGAGUGUCAGCGAGCAGCAGCUACACUGGGAAGACCCUGGACAUUGACAGGAAGAAGAUUUCAAAUAAGGAGAAGAAAGCGCACAGUACUUUUGUGAAAAAUGAUGCAAAGGUAGACGAGGUGGAAAAGAAAGAUGAGUGUAAAAAGGAGGCUAGAAUAGUAAGUAAAUGUCCUCAGAAGAAUGGCCUGUCAAAAAGCUCAAGGGUUGAACUGAGGUCUGAAACCACAGACCAAAACCUGAAUAUGGUUUUUGACAGACCGAGUGGGAACCCCAUCGUCAUCGACAAAACUUUGGAGCAGAUUCUGGGUGAUGAUCCCGUGAUGAAAGAAGUCAAUCUCAACAACAUUGAAGACAUCUCCCAGGAGACCUUACUUCGUUUUGCUGAAGCCCUAUGCACAAACACCAAUGUGCAUGUUUUCAGUCUUGCCAACACCCACGCUGAUGACCGGGUCGCCUUUGCCAUCUCCAAGAUGCUCUGUGAGAACUGCUCAAUCAGAAACCUGAACAUCGAGUCCAACUUUGUGUCGGGUCAAGGCAUCCUGGCUCUGCUGGCAGCGUUGCAGCAUAACAGGACGCUGAUGGAGCUCCGCUUCCACAACCAGAGGCACAUCUGUGGGGGUAAGGUGGAGAUGGAGAUGGUCCAGUUGCUGAGGCAGAACACCACCCUGGUCAAGCUUGGCUACCAGUUUGAUCUCCCGGGCCCCAGGAUGACGGCGACCAGCAUCCUGACACACAACCAGGACCAACAGCGACAGAGGAGGCUUCAACAGAAGAAAGAACAAAGUCCUCUAGAGGUGUCUGCACAAGUUUCUGGUCUAUCUGCAGGAGACAGACCAUCCAAAUUGUCGUCACAAUCAUCUAAGACUGUUGAAAAUCACAACAGAAAUCCCCCUCCUCCUGCAUCGCUUGACCCACCAACGAGGAAGAUCGCCGAAAUGGUCAAACAGCAGGAAGGUUCAAAUAGCACAAAGGCUCAGGCAAACCCGAGGAAGCCCAAGUCAAAGAAGCUCAAGAAUGGCGCCAAUGAAAAGGAGAGUGCUGAUAUUUUCAAAGACCUGAAGAACGCUUUGAAACCAUCAUCGCACAAGAGAAAAGAUGAACCGUCCCAUCUGCCACCCCUUCAGAGGUCCAGCCAUGAUGACCUGAUGGCGGCGAUUCGUGGAAGCAGCAUCAGGUCCUUAAAAAGGGUGUCACCGGAACUCAGCGACUGAUCACACCUGGACUUUUCUCACGUUAUGUUGAUUUUUCUUUCACACCAAAAGCCACUUUUUAACAAUAUCUUAUUGAACACAGUGUAGCAACAGAUUGCACUUCUGAAUGUUUCAGUCAUUGCUGUCAUAUUUUGUUACAGUGUGAAUCAUACUGUGAGUACUGAUGUGCAGAGAAAUAUAAGUUUAUGUCCAUCAACGAAGAAUGCACGGAAGCUUUUCAGAAAUACAGAAAAAGAUGAUUCUUUGUUUACGUAAAAUUGUGGAAACGUAAAUGGAUUCACAUCUUUAGUUUUCAGUUUCGUCUGCCUCAGGGUCACACUGUUCUGUAAGAUGUUUAAUAAAUAAACUUCUUUUAAAUUUUGUAUUUGA